GUCACUGUGUGUUAGUUUGAGGUGUGUGGUUGUUGGGUGCAGCAGUCGUCCGCGUGUCGGCGCCCAGAAGAAUGAAUCUACCCAGAUUGAGAUGUUGGUUGGGAGUCGUGGCGGCUGCCGUGACCGUGGCGAUGGCCGCCGACUUCACCAAACAGCCCGGGGACAAGAUUACCUGUGACGGAGACAUCCCUCUUUACAUAAGGAAGCCUCUACAGAACUUUGCUUUCCUUACUGGCGACGAUAAUCUUAGAGUACUGUCCAGCCUCUCCUUUCCUCGACGAGACAAAGAAUGGUUCUUGAGUCGUCUGCACGCACGGGUAACAGGCCAGGGGGAGGAGGACCUGUCAUCAGUAGAGUCCGACAACUCUACCUUCCUACCCGGCGACCCCUCCAGCUGGGACAGGGAGCCAGCGCUCCUCCCAGACAUUCCACAGGAUGUGAUCGACUCAGCCAUUAAUGCGGGCAAACAAAAGCUAGCGAUCCUGAAGGCUAUCGAGGGCAGGAUAUACAAUAAAAAUCUGACUGUAGACCCCAAAAGUCCGGAAUGGAUACACAGAAGGCUCUUCAAACCGCACCAUGAAAAGGUACCUGAACUCGCAGAAUCUGGCCACAUUUUGGGAGUCUCCACCAGGUUUAUAUUGACCAAAAUGAAGGAGAAUGAAGCGAGAAAACAACAGGCCGGAGACGUGACAGCCUUAGACCUCCAGCAGUUGGGUCCAAUAGAGGAAUGUCUCUCUAAACUCAAGCCCUUCAAGCCGGGGUCCUGUGACAGGGGCGCCCCCUACAGGAGGCCCGAUGGAUCCUGUAACAACGUGCAGCAUCCUUCAUGGGGGGCAGCCCUCACCCCCUUUACCCGCUUCCUUCCCCCAGACUACGGUGAUGGAGUGUCGUCGUUUCGUCGGGCAGUGGACGGGGAGGAGCUGCCCAAUGCUCGGACCAUCACCAACGUGCUCAACCGCAGCCCCAACACCUUCUCCAACUGCUUCAGCGCCCUUAACAUGGCUCUGGGACAGUUCAUUGAUCACGACAUCACUUUCACCCCAACGACUAAAGGGGUGAAGGGGGCGCCCAUCCCUUGCUGUACCAGCGAAGUUAUCAACAACCCGGACCUUCACCACCCGGAGUGUAUGCCUAUAAUACUUGCUCCCGACGACCCCUUCUUCGGCGCCUACGGCCGCUCCUGUAUCGACUUAAUUCGUUCCAGUCCAGCACAUACUUGCAACUUUGGUCCCAGGGAGCAGCUGAACCAAAUAACUUCCUUUCUGGACGGGUCGACCAUCUACGGCAGUGAUGAAGACGUCGCCACGUUCCUCAGGGAAGGGCGGGAUGGUCUACUGAAGAUGCAGAUCACAGAGGCCGGGGAGCUGCUGCCAGCAUCCAAGGAUCCCAACGACGGCUGCAACACCGUAGAUGAAUUUAACAAGAAUCACUUCUGCUUCAAGACUGGUGACACUAAGGUCAACGUGCAGGUGUUGCUGACGAUGGUGACGACCAUGUGGGCUCGUCAACACAACCGCUUGGCCCGCUGGCUCAAGGACCUCAACCCCCGCUGGGACGACCUCACCCUCUACCAGGAGACCAGGAGGAUCGUAGUGGCCCACAUUCAACACGUUGUCUACUACGAGUACCUCCCCGGGAUCAUAGGUCCGGCCUUGGCGAACAAGACAGGGCUGACCCCAGGUAGCGGUGGGGUCCACACCACCGACUAUGACCCCAAGAUCAACCCAACUCUUGCUAAUGAGUUCAGCGCCGCAGCCUUCCGCUUCGGUCACAGUUCCAUCCCCACACAGUUUCGGGAGGUGACGAAGGACAGUUCCUCGGCGUCGUCGCUCAACAACUACGUGUUUCAUCCAUUCAAAGUGUACGAUAGGGGCGGCCCAUCUUCUCUGUUGAUGGGGGGCAUGUCGCAACCUUCUGGCCUCAUGGACCAAUUCUUCACUGAUGAGAUCACGGAUAAGCUGUUCGGCGGCAGCAGCCAGGUGGGGCUAGACCUCAUAGCCAUCAACAUCGUCCGGGGAAGGGACCACGGUGUACCUGGCUACGUCAAGCUCAGACAGGCUUGUGGCUUCCCGGCCGUCAAGUCCUUCAGUGACCUCGCCGACGUCCUCUUUCCCAGUGCUCUAGAGAGCCUACAACGGGUCUACAAGAACGUAGGCGACAUCGAUCUGUACAUCGGCGGGUUGUCGGAGCGCCCGGUGCCUGGAGGUCUGGUCGGGCCGACCUUCGCCUGCAUAAUUGCCGACCAGUUUAUCAGACUUAAGCGGGGUGACCGCUUCUGGUACGAGAACAAGGCCAGCCCCAAGCCCUUCACUACAGACCAGCUGCGGGAGCUCCAGCAGGUGAGCCUGGCGCAGGUGAUGUGUGAGAACUUCCAUAUGGAGACGAUUCUUCGCUGGCCCCUACAGGUGGCGGCGGCUUACAACCCGGAACUGUCCUGUUCCUCCCAGUGCAUCCCCAAGUUCGACCUCACUCACUGGAAGGAAUAACUGUCUACCCAAGUUGGAAUAUGUUGUUAUGGUUCUGAUCAACCAAGCUGUGACUCAUACGUCAGGCUGCGAGCAGCCGCGUUCAACAGUCUGGUUGACCAGUCCAGCAACGAGGAGGCCUGGUCGACGACCGGGCCGCGGGGUCGUUAAGCCCCGGAAUCACCUCAAGGUAACCUCAAGGUAUGGUUUAUUCGGCAGUUUCCCAAACUAUAUAUUUAUAUAUCUCUAUAAAACCUAUCUAUCUAUCCAGCUUGUUGAUUUCCAACAAGGUGGAUAGAUAGGUUUUAUAGAGAUAUUUUAAAUAGGUUUCAUAGAUAUAUUUUAAAUGUUUCUUUGUUAUUUAACUGAUAGAUGAUUGAGUUAAUAGCUAGACGAUCCAUAGAAAAAGAGGAAUCACCUAUUCUAAAAUAAAUAGGAAUAACUAACAGCGUUUGAUAUCGGGGCAGAUAAAGAUAGAUAAACUGUAAUUUUCUCUGUGGUAAGAGAUAAUAGAAUUAAAAAAUGUGGUAUGGCACCUCUUUUUUGUUCACAUCGUGGCAAGUGACAGCUGGUAACUGAUGGCUGCUUGGUAGGUGUCCAGUUAAUGUUUAUCACAGCGGAGGGUGAGAUAUAAUCUAUAACACUCAUGACUAAUAUUUGGUGGAUGGGAAUAUACUUUGUCGUCUGUGUACUGUGUUGACCAGACCACACACUAGAAAGUUAAGGGACGACGACGGCCCGUCCCGGACCAUUUCGGUCCGUCUUGGACCAUUCUCAAGUCGAUUGUGUGG